AUGUCUUCGUAUGAUGUUGUCAUUAUUGGAGCUGGUUGUGCUGGUGCUUGUUGUGCUAUGGAAUUGUCUAAAUACAAAAAUCUUAAGAUUGCCUUGUUAGAAAAGGCUAGAGACGUUUCUACUGGAGCUACUUCUGCUAACUCUGGUAUUGUUCAUUGUGGUAUUGACACUACAUUAGAAACGUUGAAAGGAAGACUUGUAGUAAGAGGAAACACUCUUAUCCAUGAACUCCAACCAAAACUUAACUUUGGUCUUACUACUUGUGGGGAGUUGAUGGUUGCUAAAACUGAUGAAGAAAUACCUAAUUUAAAUAAAUACAUGGAAAUUGCUAAAACUAAAAACGUUCCAGUUGAAUUAUGGGAUUAUGAAAGAAUUCAUAAAGAAGAACCAAAUUUGAGUGAAAACAUUAAGAAAGCUAUUUAUUGUCCAACUACUUCUGUUCUUGAUCCUUAUGAAUUUACUAUUGCAACUUGUCUUACUGCUAAAGCUAAUGGUGUUCAUAUUUACACUUCCACUAGUGUUAAUGGAAUUAAGAAGAUUGAUAAUGGAUAUGAAGUUGUUUGUGAAAAUGGAAAGAAAUUCAUUGCUAAAGUUUUAUUAAAUUGUGCUGGUGUUUUUGCUUCACAAGUCUCAGAAAUGUUAUAUCCAGCUGAUUUCCAUAUUACAGCAAGAAAAGGAGAAGAAUAUUUAUUAGAUAGAAAGUUACAAGGAAUGGUUAAACAUGUUAUUUUCCCAUGUCCAACAGGAGUAACAAAAGGUACUCUUAUUAUUCCAACAGUUGAUGGUACUAUCAUGGUUGGACCAACUGCUGACAAUCAAGAAUCUACACUGAUAAAACUACAACUAGUGAAGGGUUAA